AUGUCUCCAUUCAGCGCAGGAUCCAGUGACCCAGUGAGCUGCGAGACCCGUGGAGCAGACCUGAAGCAGGAUGAAGUCCUGGUUUUAUGUCCUCCAGCCUGCUCAGAGUUGAAGCUGUCUGUGUUCGGGACGGGAGUCUACGCUGCCGUCUCCUCCAUCUGUGGAGCCGCUCUGCACAAGGGCAUCUUGAGUUCGUCGGGGGGUCCUGUGAGAGUCCACAAACGACGGGGCCGACACAACUAUGUUAGCUCGUAUGCUAAUGGCGUCCACUCACAGGCUCUUCCUCGUUGGACCUCCUCCUUCAGCUUGUCCAGAAGUGUUGACGCUCCUCUGGAGCUGACCCGUUUGACCAGCUCCACAGCGCUCCCUGCAGUCGUACGACCAGGAAAGAAAGCAGCAAAGAAGCCGUUUGUGAAGUCCACGUCAGGUGGGAAUAAAGACUGUCAGACGGACAUCGCCCUGGUCAUCGACAGCAGCAACAACAUCGGGCAGCGCAGGUUCAACCUGCAGAAGAGAUUUGUUGCCAAACUGGCCACCAUGUUGAGAGUCGGACCAACAGGACCCCAUGUGGGUCUGAUUCAGGCCAGUGACUCUCCCAGGACAGAGUUCCUGUUGACCAACUACACACAACCUAAAGAGCUGGUGUUUGCCAUCCAGGAGCUGGCUUACCUGGGAGGAGACACCAAUAUAGGUAAAGCCAUCCUGCACACGGCGGAGAACUUCUUCACCCAGAGCCGCGGGGCGAGGCGGGGUCACCCUCGGGUGAUGGUGGUGCUGAUUGACGGCUGGCCGUCGGACGACGUGGAGCCGGCGGCCCUCUUGGCCCGAGAGUCCGGCAUCAACGUGUUCAUGGUGUCUGUGGCCAAACCAGCAGCCGACGAGCUGGGCAUGGUGCGGGACAAGGACUUCCUGAAAAAGGCCGUGUGCAAAGAUAACGGCUUCUUCAAUUAUUCAAUCCCCAGCUGGUUCACCACCACCAAACAUGUCCGACCCCUCACACAGAGACUGUGCUCACUGGACGCCCUGCUCUGCAGUAAAACCUGCUACAACUCCGUGAACAUCGGCUUCCUCAUCGACGGUUCCUCCAGCGUCGGUUGGCAGAACUUCCAGCUGGUUCUGGACUUCCUGGCGGGAAUCGCUCAGAGCUUCGACAUCUCGGACGUGGGCGCUCACAUCGGUGCGGUCCAGUUCACCUACGAGCAGCGGCUGGAGUUCGGCCUGUUCGAUCACUCCAGCAAAGAGGACGCCGUCGGCGCCCUGAGGAGGAUCUCCUACAUGAGUGGAGGGACGGCCACCGGGUCAGCCAUCAGCUACGCCACCCAGAACCUGUUCAGACAAAGAGAACUGGGUCACAAUUUCUUGAUUGUGGUGACAGACGGCCAGUCGUACGACGACGUUCGGAGCCCAGCGAUGGCGGCGCAGUCACAAGGUGUCACCAUCUUCUCAGUGGGCGUGGCCUGGGCGCCCAUGGGCGACCUGAAGACGAUGUCAUCGGAGCCAAAGGACGAGCACACCUUCUUCACCAGAGAGUUCACGGGGCUGACGGAGUUCAUCCAGCCGCUGGUCCGAGGGAUCUGCCGAGACUUCACCGAGAACAACUGA